AUGAGCGUGACUUCCUGGUUCCUGCUGAGUGGCGGCAGCACGCGCCACCGCCUCCCCAGGGAGAUGAUCUUCGUGGGGCGGGACGACUGCGAGCUCAUGUUGCAGUCUCGCAGUGUGGACAAGCAGCACGCCGUCAUUAACUACGAGCCAAUCACAGACGAGCACAAGGUGAAGGACCUGGGCAGUUUGAACGGGACGUUCGUCAACGACAUACGAAUACAAGAACAAACGUACGUCACGCUGAAAACAGACGACAAGUUGAGGUUCGGAUAUGAUACCAACCUGUUCUCGGUGAUGCGCGGGGAGAUGCAGGUUCCUGAGGAGGCGUUGAAGCACGAGAAGUUCAGCAGCCAGCUGCAGCUGAACCACCAGCGGGUGGUGGAGGGUGGCGCCCCCCGCAGGCCGGACGUGAAGGAGCCAGAGGGGGGGCCGGCGCCGUCCGGGGACGGGGGGAGCGCGGCCACGCCCCCUGAGGUGUCCAGGGAGGAGGACAAGAUGGCAGCGGAGCUAGCGGCGCUCCAUCGAGGAACGCCGCUGUACGGCCAGCCGGCCUGGUGGGGCGACGGGGUGAACGACAACCGGCGGUCCGGGAGGCCGGAGGAGAGAGACCGGAGGGGCGAGAGACAGGAGAUAGACGGCAGAGAAGGACAGCCCCCCGGUGAGGGCCACCCGACGGGGGGGAGACCCCCCAGGGGGGAGCCCCCCUGUGGGGACCCGGGCGCCGGCGAGGCCGCCCACGGCCAUGCCUCCUUCACCAUCGAGUUCGACCACGGGGUGACCGGCAAAGGGGCCCUGAAGGAGCAGGUGCUGAAGGCGGGGCCCGAGACGCGGCCCCGCCCCCGGAGAGGCGUGGGGGAGGACCUCAGCCCGCUGCAGACCGCCAUGAUGGCGGCGGAGGUGAAGGUCGCCGAUUGGCUGGCGCAGAACGAGCUGCCGCUGGCGCUGAAGGAGCCGGCGGCGGCGGCGGAGGAGGAGGAGGUGGUGGAGGACGGGGAGAGCGUGAAGAGCGACGCGCCGCUCCAGCAGAAGAGCCUCAAAGGAAGUAAACACGAGGACGGGACGCAGAGCGACUGUGAGGUCGUCCCGGGGGCGGGGCCUCAGCGGGGGGUGGGGGCGGGGCUUCUGGAGGAGCGGUCCCGGGUCCCGUGGGGGGGCGGGCCCGGAGUGAAGAUCAGGGAGGGGCGGGCCAACGUCCCCGACGGGCUGUUCGCCGAGGAGGACAGCCCCGCCCGCCGCCACCGCUACCCUGGGGCCGCCAGGGGGGCGUCGCCCUACGAGGGCCAGGCCGCGGGGGCGGGGCGGGCGCCGCAGAGGGGCGGGGCCAGCGCGCCCUGCGACCAGGGCUACCACCACCAUCACCACGGCGACGACCACAGCGACCGGGUGACCUACACCAUCGAGAUGGAGAACGGCGGCCGCGAGGAGGAGGAGGCCCGGAGGAUGAUUGACAGGGUCUUCGGCGUGGACGAGCAGCACGAGUCUGUCUCGGUGUCCGGGCUGGGGGGGGACGAGGUCCAGAGGGACCGCCUGGGGGGCCAGAGGGCCGGGGCCCCCGGAGACCGGACCAAGGCCGGCCGCAUGGAGCCAGAGGUCCUGUCUGAGGAGCUGAUGGUGGGGGGUCCUCGCUGGGUGUCCCAGUGGGCGACGCUCGCUGCCAGCCACAUCCGGACCGACCCGGAGGGCUCGGGGGGAGACAGCCACGCCCUCCACAUGGAGGACAGAGCGGAGAUCAGCGAGUCCAGCCACUCCGCCUCCCACGAGUCGGCCGGCUUCUCGGAGCGCAAGCGGCGGACGCUCCCCCGUCUCCCCGGCGACGAGCUGGGCCGCCGGGCGCCGGGGGCGGGGCUUCACAGCGACAUGGGCGAGAAGCAGGACACCGAGCCGCAGGAGAAGGACCCCAGGGGGCGGGGCCGGGCCGGGCAGGGUGCGGGGGGGGGCGGCGGCGGCGGCGGCGGCGGCGGCCGGGGGGGCAGCCCCAAGCGCUGCUCGCCGUCCCGGGGGGGCGACGGCGGGGGGGGGAGGGGGGCGGCGGCCUCCCGGUCCAAGCCCCCGCGGCCGCUGAGCGGCGCGGAGAAGAGGCUGGAGGAGGCGCAGCGCAGGAAGAAGGAGGAGGAGAAGGCGCGGGAGAACGCCGGGAAGCCUCUGCUGCGGCAGGAGAGCUUCACGGUGGAGCGCUCCUCCUCUAACGUGCCCAUCGAGCUCAUCCCCCGCAUCGACGGCCCCCCGGGGGGGGCGGCCCUGCAGGGGGACGGCGAGGCCGUGGCCGCCUUCCUGGAGGCGGGGGCCUCGGAGCAGGGCGACCCGCCCAGCCGCUCCAUCGAGGGCUCGCUCUCCCCGGAGUCGGACGUGGACACCACCAGCACCGUCAGCCAGGCCGACGGCGGCAGGAAGGUGGUGCAGAAGCAGCGCCGCACCCUCGGCGCCGGGCAGAGGGAGCGCACCGUGCUCUGCUCCUCCGGCCGGGGCUCCUCCUCCGCGGGGCCCCGCGGGGCCCACGAGCGGAGGCCCAAGACCCGGGCCCCGCAGAAGCCCAGCCAGCAGUGGACGUCCAUGGACCUCACGGACGACGACGUCAACUCCACCUCCCUCCUCUCCGACUCGCUGCCCGCCGCCCCGGCCCAGCGGGGGGCCCGGGGCCAGGCCGGGGGGGGCGCCUCGGUGGGGGCCAGCACCAAGUCCAGCCGGGCCAAGGGGGCCCCGGGCCCCAACACCGCCGCCAAUAAGAACGCCGCGGCACCCAAGCCCCGCCCCACCCGCGCCUCGCUGCUGCGGCGGGCGCGCCACGGGGACUCCUCCGACACGGAGCCCGCCGACUUCGACCGGCUGUCGGUGGCGUCGGAGGCGAGCACCGCCUCCUCCGCGUCCCGGACCGGCCUGGGGAGGCGGGGCCUGUCCCGCAUCGAGGCGCUGGCCCAGCCCCGCCGGCAGAGGGUGGGGUCCCCCUCGGCCCAGAGCGACUCUGAGGCCACCGUGAGCCGCAGCCGGGGCCUGGGGGCCCGCAGCGUCGCCGGGGACUACGCCGCCCGGCAGGGGCUCCGGGGGCCCGCCGCGGGGCCACCCGCCGGGACGCAGAGGGCCCGGGCCAACAGCGCCUCCAAGCUGCCGGACAAAGCCGGGUCGAGGUGGCGCCGCGUGCCGGUGGAGUACGCCUCCACCUCGGAGGACGAGUACGGCUCCAACCGCCACGCCUCCCGUCAGGGCCAGGCCCGCACCUUCCCCUCCACCCGGGUCGCCCAGCUGGGGGGGUCCGCCCCUGCGACCCCCAGCCCGGGGGGCGGGCCCGGCCUGAGGCCCCACCCCCAGGACGAGUACAUGAAGGACUGGACCGCCCACAGCGAGGAGAUCGCCAGGAUCAGCCAGGACCUCGCUAAAGACCUAGCCAUGCUGGCCAGGGAGAUCCACGACGUGGCGGGAGAGAUCGACUCUGUGAACCCAGCGUCGGAGCCGACUCCUCAGGUGGAGGUCGCUGCACCGGCGGUGAGCAGCUCCAUGGAUGACAUCAGCCUGGUGGAGACCAGCGGGCGGCCGGUGGAGAUGAGGCCGCGGGGGUCCAGCGGUCAGGGGUCCCGCUCCAUCAGGAGACAGACCUGGAACCGGGACGACGUUGUGCUGGAGAGUCUUCUGCUGACAUCUGUCACUCAACUAUCAGCGAGGAUCCGCCAGUCGGUGGACAAGACCGCCGUGAAGAUCAGGGUGCUGUUUAAAGAUAAAGAGCGGAAAUGGGAGGACAUUGAGACCAAACUGCAGGCGGAACAUGACUCAUUACUUCUGAAGAGCUCCAACAAGGAGAUCUCCUCCAUCCUUCAGGACCUGAGGCGGGUGGAGAGGCAGCUCCUCGCCAUCGACGUGAUGGUGGACCCCGACGGGACGCUCGACGCCCUGGCCGAGCUGGGCCUGACGGGCCCCCUCCCCGGCCCCCAGAGGAGCAGCCCCGGGGCCCAGGGGCCCCCGGGGGGCAACGGGGCCCCCGGCCAGCCGUACCCCGCCUCCGAGAGGGCGGAGCGGGACCCCGGCCUCCACCCGCAGACCAGUGACCCCGCCUCCAGGGAGGAGCUCCGUCACCACUGA